UCCUCCCCGCCAGGAGGCCACAGGCUGAGCCCUGUCAUCAGCCAGCCCAAAAAAGACAGCAAGGGGACUGUGACCUGCUUGGUGGCUGCAUUUGAGAAUCCAAGGGCUGAUUUCAGGAGACCUACAAUGGAAGAAGCUGGACAGGACCCAUCGGAUGAUGUGCAGGCGAUGAUGGAAAUACGGAAACUAGAAGUCGUGAAACAGAACCUCAACUACCUGAACUCAGGCCUUGAAAAGGACCUGCAGAGACUGGAUGAGGCAAAUCAGGUUCUUCUCAAAAAAAUUCAAGAGAAAGAAGAAACCAUUCAAAGUCUGGAAAGAGAGAUUACCCUGUCAGUAGGACAAGCCAGAGAGAGGGAGGAGCUGAACCACAUCAUAUCUGAAAAGGAGGAAGCCCUGCGGGAUCUGGAAUUAGAAACAGCAAAGCUGGAAAAAAAUAAGGAGAUUCUAAGCAGGAACGUGGUAGAGCUGCAGAAGAAGAUUUCAAAGAGAUUUAAGAAAGUUGGCCUUGAUAAAGAAGCCCUAAAGCAGAUGCUGGCAGAAUCGAAGGUGAGACUACAAAAGUCAACAGAAUCCUGUGCAAAUCAAGAGAAGGAACUGGUCAAGAUAGAGAGUGACUACCAAUCUGUGUAUCAGCUCUGUGAGGACCAGGCCCACUGCAUAAAGAAAUACCAGGAAAUUCUGAGGCAGAUGGAAAAGGAAAAGGAGGUGCUGCUUCUUGAAAAAGAAGUAUCAAGAUACAGAACAUUUCAAGUAUCCCAGAAGUCUCCCUUGUGCCCUCUUUCUCAGUCAAUAUUCCUUGCAAAGCCAAUUGAUGCUGCCACUUGCUCCUUGGACUCUAUUCCCUGUACCACAAACUGGCAAGUGCCCUUGGGGAAAAGCCUCGAACGCAUGAGGAGCUUACCUCAGUAAGCUUUACUUUGCUCAAGGUUGAAAGCCCAGAACAACUCCUCCCAAAUAGUGAAACCGGGGUCAAUUCUGGUGGAGACCAUCCAAAGCAACAUGGAGAAGACCAUCAUUAAGAAACAGAAGAGAAUCUUUUGGUACAGCAGGCAUUUCAGGUAUCUUGUCUUCAUGGUCAUGAUCUUCAUGAGGCUGCUGGGUAAUGUGCUUUUCUACCUGCAGUACAUAAACCCAGACCUCCUUGUGGAUGUUCUGCCCAUGGUAAUGAGCAGAGACACCUUGAAGAGGCUGAGGGACAUCUUAUUUCCCUUCCUCACUCUAGAGGUAGAAGAAGUUCUACCACAUUAGUCUGGAGUGACCUGGGGGCUUCACACUGCACCCAAGUGGAGAGGGGGGCAUGGCUGUGGCCCCCAACUGGGGCAUGGGCCAGGAAGGAAGUGGAGCUUUGACUCAGAGCUGCUGCUUUGACAUCUGACCUCUUCAUUUCAUUCUCUUCCCUCGCUUUUGCUCGAGUGUCUCUCUUUCAAAUAAUAAAUA